CCAAAUUUCAUGAUUUUUUAUGACAAAAAGGAUCAAUGGAAACAUUGUCACAGCGUGGCAUAACAUUCUUGCUUUUUGAAUCAUUUCGAGAAAAUACUCAAAUAAGUAGUAAUUCAUGCACCGCAAAAAAUCUACAUAUAGCAAAAUGUUUUGAACCAGAUCCGGGCACUAAUUUUAUCUUCAGAAACACAUUUUUUCAUUCAGUUUUUUUGUUUUAAUUUUUUUUUUCUUUUUUUGAAGUUGAUUAUUUCUUAAAGCAAACAACGCCCAUUGAAUUAUUGAAAGUUUUUUUUUUCGGAUAAAUGCGCGCCAAAAUGAAUUCAAAAUUCACAAAACACAACAAAAGUCAUAAAAAUGGUCAACCGGUGACGUAGAAUUCGAUGUAGAGAUCAGAAAUAAUAUAUUUUCUUUUAUAACAGUUCUAAUUCUAAGUUAUCCACAGUCUUUGUUGAGCUAUUCAUUUGAUCGGUUGGUUAAACACAAAAUUAAAAAAAAACCAAAUAUUUUUGGACAUCAUGGAGUUGAGAGUAAAUAAAUGUUGUUGUAUGAAUUUGCGUACCGCUGGUUGGGUUAUUUCUUCUCUCAACAUGUUUAUCAGUUUUAUCGUAUUUUGUGCAUCUCUUACAGAUACGUUUAAAGUAACAUCACGUUUGGGAAAUCCUUUUGUAUACGAUGUUAUUUGCUCGGUCUUACUUCUUAUUGGAAUCUAUAAAAAUAUAAAUAAACUAAUAAUGUGUUGGUUGGUAGUAAGAGGUAUUGAAAUUAUUGUAGCAAUUCCAAUUCUGGCGCAUGUAUUAUACAAGGAACCAUUUUCGACUGUUUCACUACCGAUUUUAACACUUUUACAAGUUAUUAUUGGUGCUAUAGUUUGUGGUCUGAUGGCAUGGUGUUGGAUUGUUAUUUUUUCACUUUACCAAGAAAUACGUGACACAAUUAAUAAGCCACCAUCGCGAAUCCAAAAUAUAGUUACAGGCGUAUAAAUAUUGAAAACUUCCCAAUUUUACAGGAGAUUAUUUCUGACUUAAUUUUUUAAUCUGUUCAAUAAGAAUUUUGUAUGUAACUUUUUUAACAAAAAAUAAAAUAUUUGUUCAAUUAUCGAAAACUCAGAGGGCCUUACCAAUAAUGAAUCGCUAAACACACGUUUAAGUAUCGUCGCGUUAAAUUUUACCGUCGCGUUAAAUUGGGUGUAUACUAAUAAUCAAAUUAAACACGCGUUUAACUAAUUGCGCUUCUAUUACCAGAUCUAUUACAUUUGUUGUCAAAAUGACAUCAAUAGAGUGACAUUUUGUGCAUGUAAUGUAAUAAUGAACAAAAACAUAACUACAAAAUACCUACAUACGUUCAUAUAUUUUUAUUUUGGUUGUAAAAGUAAAAAAAUGGAGCCCAAGCAAGGAGGCCAAAAGUGCUUAAAAAAAGUUCAUCUAUCGUGAAGUACGACGAUGAAAAUUUACAAAACUAUUUCUUUUUAACUUGCUGAUACAAUGGUGUAGCUGUGGCUGUAGCUUGUAGUACUGCCAAAAUUUUACUGAGGGAAACAACAACGGCGGCAGCUGAGCAAAAA